AUGAAAACAUUAAAUACAACUCUAAGUAUAAUCUUAGCAUCAAUAAAUAGUGUGAUUUUAGGAUUAUCACUCACAUCAUUCAUCUUUAUAAAAACAAAAGCAGAAUCAAUUUUUACUGGAAAUUCAUAUAUAUCAUUUAAUAAUAUCAGUUCUAUUGCUGUAUCUAAUAUAUUUUUAGGAGGACUGUUUUUCAAUUGUUUUAAUACAAUAAAAAAUGAAAAGAGGCUUAUUAUUUCUAGUACACUUAGUGCCUUUAUAGGAUAUUUAUUUAUAAACUUGUAUCCUAACAUUUAUGUAAUAUUCUUUUCUAGGAUUAUUAUUGGAAUAGGAUGUGGGUGUACUUGUUAUGUAGUACCACAGUAUAUUUAUACUAUAGCACCAGAUUCAAUAAAAGCACUGUUGUGUAGUCUACAUCCUAUAAAUCUAAAUUUAGGAAUUUUAAUAGGACAAAGUUUAAUUAAAUUUGAUACAGUUGAUUAUUACGCAAUAACACAUUCAAUUCUAGUACUAGCACUUUUACUACUUGUAUUUUUACAAAUAUUUAUAGUAGAUACUAAAAAAGAUGAUGGAGAAAUAGUACCUAUUAGUGAACUAAUCAGUGUGCGUAGAUCUUAUAAAAGUAUAAUAAUUGUGUCUUUACUCCACAUGUCUCAACAUCUAAGUGGUGUAGACUAUGUAUCAAUAUAUUUACCAGAAAUAUUAAAAAAUGAUUAUAUUAAGAUUGUAUCAGUAUAUUCUAUAACUAUACCAUCUUCUUUAAUAAGUAGUCUAUUACUAAAUAAAUAUGGUAGGAAAUAUUUAUAUGUUAUUAGCGCAGGAUUGUUAUGUAUGUGUUCAGUACUAAUAAUGAACUAUAAAGUAUUAGGAUUAAUACUAUUUUUAUUUUCUUACAAUGUAGGAGUGAGCACUGUACCAUGGAUAAUACCGAAUGAGUGUACACCACCAAGGUAUAUAUCUCCUAUUACUAGGCUUGGAAUUAUUAGUAACUGGGGAUCCGCGUAUAUUUUAUUGAUUGUUUUUAAGAAAGCUCAUGAAAUUUUAAAUGAUUGUACUUUCUUGAUCUAUAGUGCUUUAAUGUUUUUUAUGGUUAUAUUUACUUUACUUUAUGUGCCAGAGACAAAAAAUAAUUCAGAAUUUUUAUAA